AUGAUGAUGCCAAGCUUCUUACUUCACCAACUGGAUUUCAAAUUGCAGAAAUUCCUGGAGCUUUAUUUUGAGGACAAGCCUCAGUGUGCUAAUGAUGCUUGGAGAAAGCUCCAUUUUGAUCCCUUGCUGAUGAUUUGCCAGAGGAAACAGGAAACUCUUGCAAAGAUUAAAAACAACCCUGUCAAGAUGGUAAUGAGUAUAAAAUCAAAUUAUGGUAGGACUGCCAUCUCAUGA